GAUGAAGAAAGGCAAGUUUUAUAUUUAAGCAAUAAGGUCCGGGAGGCUGUACUUUAUCGUCCGAUAAUGUACGAGUUCGGUGGUGUUGAUAGGCCCUCCGCUGCGCGUUGGGUAUUUAGGGAUUGUGGGAAGACACUUGUGUAUUGAGUGUCUGAUGGACACGUGGGAUCCUUAUUAGCAUGAAGUCAGAGGUGGAUUUAUAAGCCACUCAUUUCAAAACAUUUAAAGCUCAACAGUGCUUCAUCAUCACAACCAGGACACAACACACCAGAUAAGAGAACUACAUCAACUACUGCACUGAGGACAGAAAAGGCUUGACAGCUUUUAAAUGAAUUUAUUCAACUCUGCUCUCGGGAAAAACAUCACUUUUGUGCGCCCUGCUUAUUUCAUAAUAAGCGGUUUCUCUGGCAUACCUAACAUCAAGUAUUUCUAUGUCUUCCUCUGUUUUGUUUAUAUUGUUUCAGUGCUUGGAAAUACAGUUGUGAUGGCAGUAAUAUACUUGGAUCGUAAUCUGAGAACUCCUAAAUAUAUUGCAGUUUUUAAUUUAGCAUUUGUGGACUUGUUGGGUAGCUCUGCUCUGAUACCGAAGCUUCUUGAUAUAUUUCUGUUUAGCCAUCGCUACAUCUCCUACAACAACUGCUUGACAUUUCUUUUUUUCUGCUACACCUUCCUUUCCAUGCAGGUGUUUAAUCUGGUUGCACUCUCCUAUGACAGAUUAAUUGCCAUCAUGCACCCUCUGCACUAUCAAGUGAAGGUGACCCACAGGUCCAUGCUGUGUUUGAUUGCCUCUUUCUGGGUCCUUGCAAUUACUGUUAAUCUCGUUGCAGUUGGUCUUCUUACCAGACUUUCCUUCUCCAGGUCUGUAGUUAUUAACAGUUAUUUCUGUGACCAUGGCCAGAUAUACAGGCUGGCCUGCAAUGACAACACACCCAGCUAUGUCCUUGCUAAGUUCUUAACAGUUCUAGUUCUUUGGUUUCCACUCGUAUUCAUUGUGUUAAGUUAUGUAUGUAUUGGUUAUGCUUUGUCUAAAGUGGCCACAGCUCUGGAAAGAUACAAGGCCUUUAAAACCUGCACAGCUCAUCUCUCACUAGUGGCAAUUUAUUUCAUCCCAAUAUUAAUCACAUUUACUAUGAGUUCAGGAAUACAUCCAAAUGCCAGGAUCAUAAACCUUUCUCUGACCUCUGUUUUUCCUCCCAUGCUAAACCCAAUCAUAUAUGUUCUGCAGACACAAGAAAUCAAAGCAUCAGUGAAAAAAAUAUUAAAAGUCAGAAAGGAAUCCAAAUUGAAAGUGAGGAAAGUUAUCAUCAAAUGACCUGUUCAUAGAUGUGGGAUUUGUGUUGUUGUGCAAUUUUUAC